ACAAUCCAACAAAUAUCAUCAAUUUUUAACUAUUAAAUUCAUAAAAUGAAUAAUAAAUUAGUUUUUUAUUAAUUAAAUUCAUUAAAAUUAUGUCAUUUUGCUUAGAAUGCGUAAGUCGAUCAUACCUGUCAUACCGGUGGUGUCAUGCCGGUUUUAUGACCGGCACAGGUUGAACCAGGUGGCAUGCCACCGGCAUGACAACCACUCACAUGGCAUCCUGCGCUUGGCACCGUGGCUUCAAUUUUAGCGAUGAUUGAAAGAAAAAAAACAAAUAUUGUGUUGUCGUUCCAAUGGAGAAAAUCUUCUAUGAGUUUAAAUCGGUAGAUGGUUUUUAGUGGUAUGGAACGAUUGAAUUAUGGCUAAACUAUAUUUUCGGUAUAAAAUAGUAAAAUACUCUACCGAUGAAUUUUCCGAUAAGACCGUCUCCGAUACGGUUUUACAAUUUUUGUUUUCACAAGAAUACUUGUCAAUGUGCCUAGAGGAGCUUUAUCUGUAAGAUCCAAAUUUCAAAUUUGUUUAUAGUUCUUAGAAUAUUUGAUGUCUUAUUACUAUUAUCUAACAAAUUGAAGUCUAUCAAACUACACCAACAAAAAAAUUGAUUACGUACUGUGCCAUGAUCCUGUAUCGUUUUAAAUUAGAUUGAAGUGGUAUAUAUAUAGAUCCUUUCUCACGUAGGGGUUACAGUGGGGCAACCACGGCAACUCCGCUAGAAACAUAAAAAAAGUAUACAUGUUUUACGUAAGAAAAACAAAACAUAAAAAAUGAAGUUUUGGCAAUUAUCGAUACGGUCGAUGAGGAGGUAGCCGACAGAGAACUUGCCGGUCGGCUUCCCGCCGCCGACAGGCAUUCGGUAUGGGUGCUUCCCCGAGCCGACGAAGGUCACUUUAUUUAUAUACUUCGUUAUUCUUCAAAGUAAACAAACGCAUUGGAGAAUGUGGAAUGGAGAGGUCUCGGAGACUAUGACAUGUCGCCACCAUAUAUCUGAAAGCAUCAUUAUAAUGGAAUAAUUUAAUUGAACUAAUUUUAAAUUAAUAACAGAUUAACCAAAAUAUGAAAGUUAAAUGUAACUUGAUUUGUUUAUUCAAAUGCAAAUAUUCGUCAUGUAUCUCAAAGUGUCUUUAAAAUUGGAGGGCUUAAGAAAAUGAUUGUUUUAAACUGAAAUUAAUUAUUUAAUUGAUGUAAACUGAAAUUAAUAACUAAACUGAAGGACUUAAGUUAAUUGAUGUAAUUGUAGAAAAGGGGAAAAGGCUUACCAUAAAAAGCAAAGGGAAAGAAGAAACAUUCUUCCUUCCUGGACCUGGCGGCUUUGACAUGAUCAUUAAGCUAAAAUUAGCAUGGACAAUUUAAAUUGGUUCCGAUUUUUUUUUUUGUUUUAUUUUUGUUACUUGUGUUUUUUGGUACUCAUGCAUGCAUGAUGUAUAAUUUCCAGCAUAUCUUUUCAUUCCCUCUCCAUUUCCAGCAUAUAACAACCAUCUUCAUUAAUGGUAUGUUAAUAAGUGCCCUUGGGCGUUAAAACAACUAAUUAAAUGUGACUUGUGAAAAAAAUACAAAUUUCUUAGGAGAUUAAAACGUAAUUAAUUCAUUUUUAACUUUCAAGGUGAAAACGUUAUAUAGUCGGUGAUAGGAAAUCCCCUCAUACAAAGGACUAUAAAUACUCAGCUCCCACAAACUUUUUUUUUCCCUCAGUACAAGCCAAAAAAAAAACGACAAGAGAAUUUUACUUAACAAAGCAAAAAGCACAAAGUCUAAAAAUGACAAAGCAGUCGCCCUUAGCAGUGGUUGUCGUCCUGAUCAUGGUAAGUGCCCUUGUGUCUGUGAAGCCGGUAGCGUCAUCGUGUUAUGAAUCAUGGUACGGCUCAUCUCGUCCGCUCUCUCAUAAGGAGCUGCAAUGGGAGUCGCAGAAGAGCCUGGCCGUGUUUGCGGUGGAGGAGCACAAUAAGGCGCUCUCGGGUGCUCAACGGUUGAAGCUGAUAAGCAUCGACGAGGGUGUUUAUUACCCUUUAUCACCCAGUACGGAUUUUACCAGUAUGAAUAUUACUGCAUCCAACAGCUCUGGCCAAGCCAAGUACUGGAUCUUUGUCACCCACAGCAUUGCUUAUGAUCACCUUGACCUGAAAUGCUUCGAGAAAAUUUAGUUAAAGAUGGAUGUUAUUUGAAAGCUUUGCGUAUAGUAAUAAUAAUGUUUUGAUGUU